GGUACAUUCACAUAAUGCAAAAAGUUUUUGUGAAGUAGCAACGACAACAUACAUACAUACACAUUUUCUAUGCAUGCAUGUGAAUAGAGGGCACUGGAACUUGCCAGCGUUCAUAUGUGAUUUUUACAUAGCUAUGGAUGUGAUAUGUUCAACUUCAUCGAUCUUCAACCUUGUGGCGAUAUCGAUAGAUCGAUAUAUUGCUGUAACGCGACCAAUCGAAUAUGCGAAACAUAGAAACAGGCCACGUGUUUGCCUAACUAUCCUGCUGGCCUGGGCGAUAUCGGGGGCUAUCGGUCUGCCCAUCGUAAUGGGUCUCAACAACACGCCCGAUCGAGAUCCGGGGCUUUGCCUAUUCUACAACACUAUAUUCAUUCUGUGCUCAUCGUUGACCAGCUUCUAUAUUCCUUGUAUCAUAAUGGUGUUCUUAUAUUGGAGUAUUUUCAGGGCGUUGAGCAUCCGAGCACAAAAAUCGCGCGCUGCCCGGAAGCCGCACCUAUCGGAGCUGACGGGUGGCAGUGUCAUUGAGAAUGUAGCACAAACGCGCAGACUAGCCGAGACGGCGCUGGACAGUGACCGGCAUGCGGCUCGCAUUAUGCCUGACGAGCCGGCGACAAAUACAGCGUCGGGGUCAAACGAGGAGGAGGAGGAUCAGGGAGGAGGUGCCAUAUCACCGGAUAUCGACGAUUGCCAUGUCAUCGUCAAUGACAAAUCCACAGAGUUUAUGCUGGCCACUGUGGUGGAAGAGACCGGCAAUGUCGUAGCUCAGAUCAGCAGUCCGCCGCAGCUUGUGGUGGCCGAUCCAAACGGCGCAGCCGCCGAUUCGUCACCGCCGGAUAGCCCGGAGCCUAGUGCGACAUUCAAGCGGUCAAGCGUGAGCAGCAGCCGGCGCAACACCGCAACUGGCGAUUCACCCACCAAACGCGAACCCGCACUCAGUGUUGCCAUGAAGCCGCUGUCCUUUGUCCGCUACGGUGUUCAAGAGGCGAUGACGUUGGCGCGCCACGACUCAACCCUCUCGGCUACAUCGAAGACCUCUUCGCGCAAGGACAAGAAGAAUUCGCAAGCAACAAGGUUCACGAUUUACAAAGUCCACAAAGCUUCGAAAAAGAAGCGCGAAAAGUCGUCCGCGAAGAAGGAGCGCAAAGCUACCAAAACACUCGCCAUCGUGCUGGGGGUUUUCCUCAUUUGCUGGCUGCCAUUCUUCACCUGCAACGUCACUGAUGCCAUCUGUUCGAUAAUGGAAAUAGACUGGCGACCAGGCGUUACCGCCUUCAUACUCACCACCUGGCUGGGCUACAUCAACAGUUUCGUCAAUCCAAUCAUCUACACGAUUUUCAAUCCAGAAUUUCGCAAAGCAUUCAAAAAAAUUAUGCAUUUAGGGUGAUCGACGACACCACGAAUCGAACGAACACUUACAUGGGCAAAUGCGAAGGUGAAAAAUAUUACAUUAAGCACAAAUAUAUUACGAUGAUCAAAAACAACAAAAUGUUCAUUAAUAAUAGCAAAUUUCUCCUAUGUACAUAAAUCUGAAAAUAUUUCAGUAUGUAACAAUGUAAGAAUGCCACAACAAAUACUAAGUGAUUUUAUAUAAGAACAAGAACAACAACAAACCGCACAUUGGCGCAAAUACAUAUGUACAUACUUAAAUAGGCGUGGUAGAAAAACAACAACUUUUAAAUAUGGAACACUUAAUAACUUUCAAAACGUAAUAUAGAAAUAAUUAGAAAACAAAACUUAAGGGAAUUGGAAGCUUUUGUUUUCGGUUGCUACCUAAAUUUACAACAAUAAUUACAUAAAAGUACUUACGUACCUACUUAUAAGUAUGUAUGCAAAUACCGAGUAAGUGUGGUGCCUCUAAUAUAAAAACAAAAACAAAAAAUAUUUUAUAAAUAUUUUUACGUGGCCAUAAUUACAGAAAAAAGUAAAUAAUUGGCCAAAUCUUCAAAGUUGUAUAUAAGAAAAACUACUUUGCAUAAGUACGGCAUAAGUGAAUAGCAAAAUAGGCUCAGUAAAAUAUAGUUAAACUUCCAAAUAUUUUCAUAAGCUUAGAAAACUAUUAAGCUCACACAAAUUUUGUAAGUAAAAAGUAAGUUGAUAUGCAUACAUUAGGGAGGUUCAAUUUGUGUGGACAAAAGUCAUCUAGACCAACACAAACAGUUCUAGAAAUCAUUCAGGGCAAGAAAAUGUUUACUUGAAAAGGCAUUAAAAUUUUCAUUUCACAAUAUCUUUAAUGCGCUCAUUAGGGCCUUACACAAAGGGCCUUCAAAACUGGCGCCUAGAUGUCAAUAUGACAUCUGAAAAAUGUGUCAAGUAGACAGAUACAGAAUUUUACAACA